CCGUUGGACGGUCGCUCGCUCCCACCAGCUCCCGAGGAACAUGCUAGCAGUAGCAGCUGCACUGUCAUCGUCAUCUUCCAGAAUCUUCUCGACAACCAUCGUGAAGUCCACCUCCUCCUUCUUCUACCCUCCGCGCUCGACUCCUUGCCUCGCGAUCCGCUCAAUGGCCGACUCCGCCACUGCCUCGGCUCCCUUCACCAAAGUCCGCAUCCAAAGAGAGGACACUGCCUUUGAUGCAUAUGUGGUUGGAAAAGAAAAUGCCCCCGGGAUCGUGGUGUUGCAGGAGUGGUGGGGUGUGGAUUUUGAGAUCAAGAACCAUGCUCUGAAAAUUUCUCAAAUGGAGCCUGGAUUUAAGGCACUCAUCCCAGACCUUUAUCGAGGAAAAGUUGGUCUAGAUGUUGCAGAAGCACAGCAUCUAAUGAAUAGUCUUGACUGGCCGGGUGCUGUGAAGGAUAUCCAUGCCUCAGUUAACUGGCUUAAGGCUAAUGGAUCUAAGAAGGUUGGUGUGACUGGUUUCUGCAUGGGAGGUGCUCUUUCCAUUGCAAGUUCUGUUCUUGUCCCUGAGGUUGAUUGUGUGGUUGCCUUCUAUGGUGUGCCUUCUCCUGAGCUUGCUGAUCCUGCUAAGGCUAAGGCUCCCGUACAGGCUCAUUUUGGGGAGCUCGAUAAUUAUGUUGGCUUUUCAGAUGUGACGGCUGCCAAGGCUUUAGAGGAGAAGCUGAAAGCUUCUGGAGUCCCUCACGAGGUACACAUUUAUCCAGGCAGCGGGCACGCUUUUAUGAACAGGUCUUCUGAUGGUGUUAAGCGGAGGAAGAAUAUGGGAAUGGAGGAUGAAGAUGAAGCUGCAGUCGAGCUUGCAUGGUCUCGAUUCAAGUCAUGGAUGUCCCGCUACCUGCAUCCGUAGAUGACUUAUCUUUCAUGUGUAUGUGUGCGUAUGUUCAUGUAACCACGAGGCCGCUUUAGAUGUGUCAUGGUGUCAAUAGUGAGUACUCGAGGCCAUCUAAAUAAGUGGUGUUCGCGUCUUUUAAUGAUGUAGGCUGCGUAUAUGAGUCUACAUCUGUCUGUUCUUGUACCUAUUUCAUCUGCCAGAGGAUCAAUAUCACGGAGAUGGUUUGAAAUA